AGAUACUGUAUUUUCCCUUUCAUUUUCAGUGUCGCAUGAAUUCCCACAGUAUUACCCAGUUUCUUGUUUCCUUAUACUGUACCUACACACUGCGGCGCUGAAUUAUUUCAGCGCACUAUUCAAAUACACCGUACCCCACAGUUACCCACUACCCUUGGAUCCCUCAUUCUUAAGUACCUACCUAUAACUUUUAUAAUACCCACUCGACGACGAGGUGCGGGGCUGACUUUGCUCUGUCCGCCUACAGAAUAAACCCUUACACUGCAGAUACUCCAUUUUCGACCAUAUUAUUAGAUCCAGUAUUGUUGUAGAUCGUUACGGCGACCACUCAUACUCGGUUCUUAUUUUAUUUAUAUAUAUUACGCUGGCACUCGUCUUCGAUCCCUCUCUUUUUCUUUUACCCCGACGCCCGCCGAACGCGAUGGCACAACACGCCUUCAACCAGUUUGGCAGCGCCCAAAACCCAGGCGGCGCAGGCAACAACGUCGACCCCAAUGAUCUGACUAUGUCUGGCACCUAUGCUGCAUCCUACUCCAACAACUUUAACGGGAACAACAAUUCCUCGAAUUUCUUCGGCGAUGAUGAAUUACUCGACACUCUCGGAAGUCCGACAGAUCCUAUGCCCAAUCAACACGGUAUGCACAAUCAAGGUCAGGAGUUUGGCGGCAUGGGCGAGAUGAAUAUGGGAUUUUCGCAAGGCAUCUACCAUCAGAACAGUCAUGGUUUGCCCAUGGACCAAUCGCAUAUCAAUGGCUACUCCAACACCCCAGACGGAGAUCCUAUCCAAAGCCCAUUCGUGCAUAGCUUCAACCAGGCACAAUUCCACCAGAUGCAGCAGCAGCACCAACAAUUCGGAAACUCUUUGCAGUCGCCGAUAUCUUACUCAGGUUCUCCUCUAGCCGGUUCUGAUUUAAACAACGAGAGCAACGAUCCUGGUUAUUUGAACACAAAGUCUCGACCCCAAUUGUCUCACACCAUGCAGCGCAAAUCUUCUAACACCCGAGGUCCACUUACACCAAAGUCUGCGGCAGCCAUGUCCAACUUGACGGUGAGCUCUCGUGAAGCAUCAGGGUUCGGCCCCCAACCCAUACGCACCACAAACAGUCACCACGAGAAGUCUCCUUCUGGUCAGUGGAUGCACACUCCAAACAGCCUCUCCUCCUUUCCCGGGUCAGGUUUCUCUUCACCUAUGCAACCUGGUAUGCAAAACCCGCAGAUUGCAGAUGUGUUACUGAAGGGAGGUACCUCUAUGCCUGCGAAACUAAACACACCGCCCAAUGCUGUCUCAUCGCAAGAGAUGAAGAGAAAGAGGCGUCGUGAAUCACACAAUCUUGUUGAGCGACGACGUAGAGACAAUAUCAACGAGAGAAUCCAGGACCUAAGCAAACUCGUGCCCACACACAGACUGGAAGACGAGAAAAUCCGAAAGCUUAUCCAGAAUGGUACGCCUUUGUCUCCUAGCCUGACCGGAAUUUCCCUCCCGGCACAAGCUACAUCCGCACUGGCGGGACCAGGGGCGAAACGGGCCACUGGUGUCGGUAACAUUACCACCGGGCUUCCUCUCGAGGAAAAGGACAAAGGUCCCAAUAAAGGUGAUAUCCUCAACGGCGCAGUGAGUUGGACGAGAGACCUAAUGUGGAUGCUCCACUUGAAACUCCAACAGCAGGAAGAGCUCGUCAACACGAUUGUGGAGCUUGGCGGCACUGUUCCUCUCGAGCUCACCGAAGAUGAGAAGCGAAUGCAAACAGAGCUGAUGGAAGCAAUGACUAAGAACGGCCCACACACCUUCUCAUACUCUCGCUUUGCUGGAUCUGGGCUACGAGUACCUCAGCAUACCGACUACAGAGGAGACUCGGUAAACGGAUCAGACAGCGCUAUUGCUGGAAACUCUGUGAGUCCCGACGGUCAUGAUACGGUAGACCUUGGAACAGAUAUAGGAGAUGCUGGCCAGUACUGGAACGACCCAGACGAUGAUGGCAGUGGCCCUGCAUCUAUCAAUUUUAAGGAGGAAGACGAAUUCGGGAUGGACCUUUCAAACGACUAGCCAGUGUUGUGCAUCAAGCAUUUUUCUAGGCAAUAGCUGAGAUCUUGUUGCUCCUUGACCCCUUUUUCAUCGUUUUUGACAUUGAGGUGACACCUCAGUCGCAAUCUUCAGUCAACUUUUUUUCAGUCAUUUUAGGCAUCCGAGUCAAGGGAAGGGUGACUAUACUGCAUAGGCGGCUGUUUAGGAGAACCGGCGUUCUAUCUCAUCC